GUGCUUUUCCUGACACGCGUAAAACUAAGUGCGAUAGCUUAUUUUUAGCCUCUCAAAGCGCUGAGACCAAGUACAUACAAACUGAACAACAUAACCACAGGGCUCCUGACAAGUGGCUAGUGCCUACCCGUGCUAGCUAACCGAUUGACGUGUUCCUUAGCGGCCACCCAGAAGAGUGAUCUGUUGAUUUGAUAUCAUAGCUGUCAGCAUUCAGAGCGGGAGAUGUCGGACGACGCGCCCAAGCAGGUGACGUUCGAAGGGGGCCUGAAAGCUGAGGAGGAGGCCACAGUGGGCGUGUCUGCUACGGCAGCGGCGCCGCGGGAUGCUCGGGUGGCGAGCCGAAACCGGAACCGCUACCGUAGCCGCUCCCUGUCAGCGUCCUCCAACGACAGCUACAGUUCAGCCUCCUACACGGGCAGCAGCUCGGACGAGGAUGACGUCUCUCCCCGCGAAAAGACCCAGGCGGCCGCUGACGGCUUCAGCGACUUCUGCAUCAGGAACAUCCAGCAGGCGGCGUUCGGCCGGCGCGAGAUCGAGAUCGCCGAGCAAGAGAUGCCGGGGAUCAUGGCGCUGAGAAGGCGGGCGGCCGACGACAAGCCGCUCCGGGGCGCUAAGGUGGUCGGCUGCACUCACAUCAACGCCCAGACGGCGGUUCUGGUGGAGACGCUCAUCUCUCUGGGAGCCAGCGUGCGAUGGGCGGCCUGCAACAUCUACUCCACGCAAAACGAAGUCACGGCGGCUCUGGCAGAGAAGGGCAUCUCCGUGUUCGCGUGGCGCGGCGAGACAGAGGAUGACUUCUGGUGGUGCAUCGACAAGUGCAUCAACGCCGAAAACUGGCAGCCCAACAUGAUUCUGGACGACGGAGGCGACGCCACGCACCUCAUGCUUAAGAAGUUUCCGGCCAUGUUCAAACUCAUACGAGGCAUUGUCGAGGAAUCUGUGACGGGCGUGCACCGGCUGUAUCAGCUGAGCAAGCAGCAGAAGCUGUGCGUGCCGGCGAUGAACGUCAACGACUCGGUCACCAAGACAAAGUUCGACAACCUCUACUCCUGCCGCGAGAGCAUCAUUGACAGCCUGAAACGCUCCACGGACAUCAUGUUCGGCGGCAAGCAAGUGGUGGUCUGUGGCUACGGCGAGGUCGGCAAGGGCUGCUGCCAGUCGCUGAAGGGCCUCGGCUGCGUCAUCAGCGUCUGCGAGGUGGAUCCCAUCUGCGCCCUGCAGGCCUGCAUGGACGGGUUUCGCGUGGUGAAGCUCAGUGAAGUAAUCCGUCACGUUGACAUAGUGAUCUCGGCCACGGGCAACAAGAACGUCGUCACCCGCGACCACAUGGACCGCAUGAAGAACGGCGCCCUGCUCUGUAACAUGGGCCACUCCAACACGGAGAUUGACGUGAACUCGCUGCGUACGCCCGAGCUGACCUGGGAGAAGGUGCGCUCCUCGGUGGACCACAUCAUCUGGCCGGACGGCAAGCGGAUCGUGCUGCUGGCCGAGGGCCGCCUCGUCAACCUCACCUGCUCCAGCGUGCCCUCGUUCGUCGUCUCCAUCUCGGCCGCCACCCAGGCUUUGGCGCUGAUCGAGCUGUUCAACGCUCCGGCCGGCCGAUACAAGGCGGACGUCUACCUGCUGCCCAAGAAAAUGGACGAGUACGUGGCCAGUCUCCACCUGCCCUCGUUCGACGCCCACCUGACCGAGCUGACCGAGGAGCAGGCCAAGUACAUGGGCCUCAACAAGGCCGGUCCAUUCAAGCCCAACUACUACAGGUACUAACAGCCGUCGGCGACCAUCCGAGUCCGACCGCCGCCGCCGCCGCUGCCGCCGCCGCCGUGGCCUUCUCUACGACGAAGAGACUCUUAGGAGGGGCGACCCCCGGACGCGCCGGACGAGCUUCGCCUGCGGGCGCGUCGGCGGUGACGGGCGCUCGCCGCGGACGGACGGCCGGCGCCGCCAGCGGACGGGGUGACACUGUGCCUUGCGGUGGCGACGGGCGCCGGGGGCCGGCCGCACCGCACGCCCGACGCGCCGCCUGACGGUUCCGGCUCGUGACCGGCGCCGGUGCGCUGUGGGCAAAUGGGACGCGACCACGCGUAGUCUCGGCGUUUUUGGUGGUGUGAGGUGGCGUACGAAUUGUGUCUGAAGUCAGCGAAAAGAAAAGAAAAGAAAAACACCGGCGGAUCACGCUGUUUCGAGUGUGAUGUUUUAGCGAGCGUGUGUCUGCAGUCGCGUCUUUGGCUGCCGUGAGCGCUGCAGCAAUACGUCCGUGUAAACCCCGACACCAGGAUUUUAUAGUGGCCAGUGUGUGCGGGUAGAUGUUCCUUCUAGGGCGCGUGGUGCGAGGACCGGCCCCGGCCAGCAAUGGAGGACCUCCUUUCAUCUCCGACCCGGGCCGGUCGCGAAUGUCCGCAGACCAGCUGGGAUCGCACCAAGGCUGAAGCUCAACAUGUCCCGCGUCGCAGGAGCUCAGGUCUGCACUGUCUGGUGCGAGCCACCCCGCUUUACGUUGAGCGUGCGUUCCCACGCGCGGGGCUGGCCGUCCGCGUGCGGAUACGCGGGCAAACGGCGCUGGCGCUGGCGCCGACGUCGACGUCGGUGGCGGGGACUGGAAUGGCCCGCGCGGUCGGCGGCGGGGACUGGAAUGGCCCGCGCGGUCGGUGGCGGGGACUGGAAUGGCCCGCGCGGUCGGUGCCGGGGACUGGAAUGGCCCGCGCGGUCGCUCCGACCGAGGCCAUGGCGGUCGUGCUCUCUGCGUGGCGCUCGGCGGAGGGAAUGGGGGGGGGGGGGGUGCUCCCGCAACGCUGCGGUUCCCAGCGGUGCUCCCAUGCUCCCUGUUCGGUGCUCCGCGACCGAGUGUGUGGCGACCGGGCACUGUACUCCGGCGGGGCCGCCGCGCCCCUCUCCGGGUCCGAGGCUCGACGCACCGGGCGGUACCGUCGGCGAGGCUGCGAGCCUUCCGGGGCAGCUCGGCUGGCGUGGCGGCCGGCACCGCCGCAGGGGUGUCAGUGGGCAACAGGCCGGUGGGAGCGGCGCGCGGCGCCGGCGAAGGAGCGGCGUGGUGACGGGAGCUUCGGGGCAGAUUGUCAAGCCGCCCGCUGAUUUGUUCGUAAGCGCCGUCGGGCCGGCGCGACUCUCAGUUGCAGUGAUGCGAUGUUUGCUAGGCGCUUGUGACCUGCGGUCCUUCCGUCGGGAGGGCGGAGCCAGUGCCGAGUGCGUCGCUAAAGCCGUGUUGUCGUAGGUUAAGAACGCGGUGUCUAGCAAGCGCUGAUCGUGCGGGAGACGUGACGUUCAUUAGCUGUAUGCUCACGAGGACGUGAUUCCGUUCAAGGUUUUAACUUUGGGUCCCAUGUGCGGAGCGCUAUGUCGAAUCAAAACCAAUAGUAGGGCGCUGUUGGUCCUCGCACGUCGUUGUUUAGGCACCUAUGAAGUUGCUAGAACGUAAUGAGGGUAGGCCAAUUCCUGGUUACAUAGUGACAACUGGAGUCGUUGGUGGCUAGACUAACGAGCCGGAACAUGUGACUGUGUCGCUAUGCAUUUGCCCCCUGUUGCCUGAAGGUCUUUGCGAACAUUGGUGCUCGCCUCUACACGGCAGCACACAAACCACGCAUAUUUAUUUCACAUUCCGACAGCGUUGCUCCGUUUCCUCUCGACAACUGUCUGUGCUUUCCAGCUGCGCGUGGACCGAGGCGCCGGCCCGAGCCGGGUAUCGGGGCACUGGCGGCGUCUCGGCGCCACUGGCGGCCGGUGGUGGGUCUUUGAUAUCGAUCGUCACGUGAUAGACAGCUCCAGUUGGAUGACGAGCCUGCCGCUGGGGCGCUGUAGGCCCGGCACCGACGCGGCGCGCCUGCGUGCGUGCCCAGAGGUGCCGCGCGGCCCUGCAGAUGUCAACAAAUAUAUGAAGUCCCGUUGGC